CUGCUACCGACGUGAUACAGCGUUACCAUGGUUACAAAUAACAGAUAUUCGAUGUAGCACGUCCCAACUUCCCUGACAGUCCCAGAGUCCGCCCACUGUCAACACAGAGACCCGCCUGAGUCCUUAGACCCGCCUGAGUCCUUUACGCGUCUGAGUCUUUACGCGUCUAAGCUCACCUGCGUCCUGGAGAGCGCAGCUGACAGGAGCCAUCCAUGUGUUGCGCGUUCCGGUCUACUUGAAAAAACAUUUAAAGACACCUACUUGAAGAGAACAACUAAGAGUAGAAGCUUUUUUGUAGUUGUACUGUCUGUUCUCUGGGUAGUUAUGCAGGAUAAAGGCACAUUUACCAGCCCUUUUCUCAGACCGAGAUGUCUGUCUGCAGCGGCGCCGGCGGGGAAAGCCAAACUAACUCAUCCGGGGAAGGCGAUUCUAGCAGGUGGAAUUGCAGGUGGCAUAGAGAUCUGCAUCACAUUCCCCACAGAGUAUGUCAAGACUCAGUUGCAGCUGGAUGAGAAGGCCAAUCCACCCAAAUACAGAGGAAUAACUGACUGUGUGAAACAGACAGUACAGGGUCAUGGGGUCAAAGGCCUGUACAGAGGACUCAGCUCGCUGCUCUAUGGAUCCAUACCCAAAUCUGCAGUCAGGUUUGGGGUGUUUGAGUUCCUCAGUAACCGUGCCAGGGAUGAGUCUGGUCGGCUGGACAGCACCAAAGGUCUUCUGUGUGGGCUGGGAGCUGGGGUGAUGGAGGCUGUUCUGGUGGUUUGUCCAAUGGAAACUGUGAAGGUCAAAUUCAUUCAUGACCAGACUUCAGCGAACCCAAAAUACAGGGGCUUCUACCACGGAGUCCGAGAGAUCAUCAGGCAGCAAGGUAUAAGAGGGACGUAUCAGGGUCUUACUGCCACCGUUCUUAAACAAGGAUCCAACCAGGCUAUUCGAUUCUAUGUGAUGACCUCUCUGAAGAACUGGUACAAAGGUGAUAACCCCAAUAAAGCUAUGCACCCCUUGUUGACUGGAGCCUUCGGAGCCCUAGCUGGAGCAGCCAGUGUCUUUGGAAAUACUCCUCUAGAUGUAAUCAAGACACGGAUGCAGGGCCUGGAAGCACAUAAAUAUAAAAGCACAUUGGACUGUGCUGUAAAGAUCCUGAGAAACGAGGGGGUGGCAGCAUUCUACAAAGGGACUGUUCCUCGGUUGGGACGAGUGUGUCUGGAUGUAGCCAUAGUCUUCAUCAUCUACGAGGAGGUGGUGAGGUUCCUGAAUGUGGUCUGGAAGACAGACUGAGCAGCUGGAGCUGCAGAGAGGGCGGCAGCUUCCUGAUUUCCAGGCAUCAGGCACAGAUCUAAAUCUCUCAGACCUCCUCUGCUGUUGAAGGGGCGAGACAGAGAGGUGAACUUAGAUCAGUGUCACGUGCGAACAGGGAGCUCUUACGCUCACAGGGUGGGGCUGCAGAGUUAAAAGAAAGCAUAAAAAGAAGCUCAGUGUCGCCCACAUCUGGACAGCUUGAGUGUCUGCAAAGCUUUGCUGCUUUGCACCAAGACACCUGCCAAGAUUAAGUGUUUAUUUCACAAAGUGGGAUUAUAAAGUGAGCCAAAUAAUUGUGAAAAAAGAUGCUUCUAAUUACUGAAAUACAUUAUUAAUUUUUAAAUGGCAAACAAAACCUUAAAACUUUUAUUGACAUUAUGUUGAUGUUUGCUUAUAAACCAAAUGUUUGCUGUAUUAUCCCCUUAUUAUUUUUUUUAAAGUUAUUCGGUUCACUUACUUCAUAAACCUGCUUUGUAAAAUACCCCCCCUCAGUGAGAAAUAUGAUUUCAAGUCAACAGCUGUUUUGAUGAUGUUUACAGCAAGUUUUCAGGUGUCAUACUGGAUUCUCUUGAGUUUUGUUGCUCUCUGUCUCUUCUUGUGCCUCGUGUGGUUUCAGAUCCAGAGGAGCCAGACUGCAGCUGUUUGUAGGUUUACGGUCACAUAAACUGCCGUUACAUCCAUAACUAGGCCUUCAAUAGAAUGAUUUUACAUUGUAAAAUGCGCGUUAUUUUUAUAAAACGUAGAUUCUAAUUUGGUUAUUUACCAGAAUUAUAGUUUUGUUGUAAAUUAUAAUACAUAUUUUAUUCCUGUGCCAAAUGACAAAUCUGUUCAACCAUGAAGGUGUGUUCAGAGUCAGAACAUGCAAAAGUAGCCUAAUGAUGUUGACAAAAUGUUAUAACUUAUAUCGCAGCAAACUUUUUAAAUGUAUUUAUUGAAAGCUGAAUGUUGAAUGUCUACAUAUUUGAUAGACUAUUUGCUGUUAACUUGUGCCACUUGUGUCGAGUUCUGCUGUGAUCAGGUCUGGGUGUAAAAGGGUUUUAAAGAUGUAAAAAAAAAAAAUGUAUUGCUGUAAUUCACUGUGAGUCUCAAUGACAAACAUGCAACGUAACCUCAGAGCUCCUUCUUUUCAUUCAGUGGAGGCAUGAUUGUUCAACGGUUUCUACUAAAACCAGCUUCCUGGAUUAUUAUUUUUAAUACCUUUAGAUCCUAUCAGUUUUCAGUCUCUGCUAUUCUUCCUUCCAUUCCUGACAGCAAUGCUUACCAACACAAGGGUCCUCAGAAGGAUCUCAACAUAUAUGAUUGAAAGAUAGAAUCAUUUUAAAGGAAGUAAAAAAUAGGAUCUUUUUGUACACAUUAAUGUUGAUAUGACAUUUUAUCGCAUUUAAUAGCUAACACUGAGAACCCCUCUGAUAGCCGUGCAAAAACUACAGAAGUGAAAUAACCUGAUUGUUAAUGUUUGGCUCAGAUUCAUUUCUAUCUUCACCAACACCACACAUUUGUGUCUCACACAAUAAUUUACCUGAGACCUAGUGAUGUCAGAGGGGGGCUGAUUAGUUAUCAUACUGAAUCCAGAACUGUCAAUCCUCAAUCACUUUGCAGGCCAUAUCUGAGGCCAACACAGUUAAUAUCAGUAUCAGAACAACUCUGGGUCCUGCUUCAAUUAAGGGGGCCAACCAUCAGAAAGCGUUAGGAUCACAAUCUGUUCAAAUCCAUUUCUUCAGUUUGAGUGCCAUCAUGUUUCAUUCAGUCAUGUUUGUAUUCUCGCUCAUGUGCCUUUGACUGUUGUGUUUGUUUGUGAAUGAACUUAAGCAAUAACCAUCAUCUAUUAGCAACCCAUGACACUCUUAUAUGAUCUGAAAUGACUGUGCUGAAGUCAUGUUGCUAUUACAGAAAAUAAAUGAUUACAAUUUAUUUAUAAUUUUAUUCCUCUGAAAUAAUGUUAUUUUUUGGCCAAACAGAAUUGUGUUGUGAUGGGCAGAAAGAUUGACAGUGUUAUUGUUAAAUCAAAUCAAUGUAUUCCAAGGCUUUGUGUGCUUCUGUGUGUGUGCAGGGAGGGGAUGUAGCUCUGUAUGACGAAGCCUGUGCAAUAAACAUCGUCCCUUCCCUUUUGUUUGUGCUAAAUUUAAA